AUGAAAUUAAAGGCACUCGCGUCACACUUUAUCCCCCGCUUCGCACAGUUAAGUAAAAAGAAUUCCGCCCGUUACGUAAGAAGCGCAAAUCGACAGACAGCGCAUUGUUGGGAAGGCAGGGCAUUUAUAUCCUCGAAGGUACUCAUAUCUAGGGAGGAGACCCCCCCUGCUUCGAUCGAGCCGAUUAGCGGCAAUGGCGAUAAUGUAACUUUGGGAGGUGAUUAUACAGAGUUUUUUGAAGAGCAGACGGAGCAGUCACCCCAGGGGGAUCCACAAACUCAGCACCCCCCCCGUGAGCACUCACCCCCGUUGCGGCCCGAUGGGGGGACGAAGAACCUCGAUGAACAGGUCCUGAAGGAGCUGCACAGCUUAAUAAGGUCGAUUCAAAAAUUGGACAAAAAGAAGAAGCAACUAAUUGUGAACUACAUAAAUACGUUGAAUAAAAAAUACUUAAAAAAUGUGGAAGAAGAAAUAGUGACCUUCUUUGAAAACCUUGACCAGUACAUGGCGGCGAAUGGUCUCCUCAUGUGCGACGUUGGGGGGGAAGAAGUUCUGAGUCAUAUCGAGGGGGUAGAUAUGAAUCUCGGCGAGGACUGCAUCCAGGGGUCAGGCACCGAUGUGAACAGCCGCUUCGAUGUGAGCAGCCGCUUCGAUGUGAACAGCCUCUUCGAUGUGAACUUUAUCAAAAAGGCGAAAAAAAGGUUAUACGGGGAUCACAUAUACCCCAUCGUCCAGGACACAGGGGAACGGCAAAACGGGGUGCCUAACGAACCGCCCUACGAACCGCCAAACGGGGUGCCUAACCAAUCGCCCUACGAACCGCCCAACCGACCGCCCAACCGACCGCCCAACCGACCGCCCAACCAACCGCCCAACCAACCGCCCAACCAACCGCCUAACUGUGCAACGGCGGGGAGGGACCCUCCCGAGGAGGACAUUGUGAACGUGCGCAGGCAAAUGCUGAUAGAGCGGUCCUCCUACCAGAAGGCCAUCGAGGAAGCGGAGGAGUUCGUUUCGAAUCUCCACGACUUGAAGAAGAUAACGGAAAUUAGGGGGCUCUGCAAAAUAUAUUUGAGUUGGGUGAACGAGCUGGAGCGAAGGAUUGCCAGCUACAGGCAGAGGCAGCGGCGGCGAGGCGGCGCAAGUAGCAGCGAUGAAAGGAGCACUGCUGGGACGGGCAUUACUGUUGGGACGGGCACUACUGUUGGGACGGGCACUACUGUUGGGACGGGCACUACUGUUGGGACGGGCACUACUGCUGGGAUGACCGCCACUGCUGGGACGACCACCACUGCUGGGAAGACCUCCACUGCUGGGAAGACCACCGCUUCCCCCGCGGAGACUGGCAGGGGGGGACUACCCGAACUGGUAGAGGACAAACUGCUAGCUAUCAUCACCGUGAAGUGGACCAUUCAGUACACGUUCAACCCACAUAAAAAAAAAUAUGCCAACAGUAUCAUCACGCAAUCGAAGAACUUCGAACAGGGCUACUCCUAUCAGUCACUGUUCACACAUGUCGCUAUCAAGAUCGGCCAGGAAAUCAACAACGAGCUGAAUUUUCAACAGCUGGAGAGGAAUAACCUGCUGUAUCGCUACGUGAAGAGAAACAAAGCCAACGCGUCCUUCUCGCACUUUCAGAAGUACAGGAUACUAUGCGACAUUAGGAAGAAGCUGCGAGGUGGGAGCCAAAGGAGUGAAGAAGCCAUCGCGGGAGUAGCUGGAGAGGCCCCUCCAAGGGGCACUGCACCAUCCACUACGCAGUUCAGUACACAGGCCACCGCAGAAUCUACCGCAGAAUGCACCGCGGAACCCACCGCGGAACCCACCGCAGAACCCACCGCGGAACCCACCGCAGAAUGCACCGCGGAACCCCCCGAGGAUAGCCCCCGCGACGACUUCCACCUGGUUCAGUGGAGCUCGCAGAAGAAGGCCGCAGUCGGAGGGCUGCUCCUCAAAAUGCUCAUGGAUAGCGCAAAGAUGGACGUCGAUCUGAGCGUCGCCAAGGAGGAACACCGGAAUGAGUAUAGGUAUUACCUCCUCCUGCACAGGAUGGCGAAGGAUAACGGGGAGAGUCUGCACGCGGAUUGCAAAUACGAGAAAGAGCUGAACUACGAGAAGUACUACGAGGAGGAGUCCAACUCGCUGGACUUUGUGGUCGUGGAGCGGGGCAAGGGACGGGGCGCCGAGGAGGCGCCGGAGAAGGGGAAGCGUAGGGGAAAGAAGAGAGGAAAGGGGAAGCAAGAAAGGGGCGGCGAGGGUGGUGAGCACACCGCCAACGCGGCGAACACAGCUAACGAAGCUAACGAAGCUAAUGCCGCCAACCCGGGUAAUGCUGCCAAUCCCGGUAACGCCGCCAACCCGGGUAACGAAGCUAACAGCGCUAAUGCCGCCAACCGCGCCAACCCCGGUAACGCCGCUAACCCCACAGGGGGGUCCCCGAAAAGGCGAGAAAACAGCUUUUGCAAACGGCAAAAGGAGAAGCUGAAGAACAAGCAAGUAGUUCUGUACCGAUCGAGAAGAGAUCCCAACAAGAUAGAACUCCCAGUAUUUAUCCACUCGUACAUGUGGAGGAAUGGUAAUUGGUAUGGAGUAAUACACAUGAGGGAGUGUUGUGCUAAUUAUCUUCUAAACAACGCGAUAAACUCGCAUAUCCCCCUGAACCACCUACCGAUGAUAAGCAAGCCGAAGAAGUGGACCCAUUCCGAAGGAGGAAUGAUACUGUUGAAAAAUAAUUUCAUCCGUUGUAAUGUGAAACCCUUGUUCAACAUAGAUGUAUGUAAUUUGGAGAGAAUCAAAAAUAUCGUAUCCCAAAUAGGAAAUAUUAGGUGGAAAAUAAACGAUGAGAUUUUAUAUCUUAUUGAAUAUGCUUACAUGAAUGGAAUUACAAUUGGAAAUAUCCCUCGUAAACAAAACUAUGUCCUUCCAAAUAGUCCCUUAGACAUGACAAAAAAAAAUGCUGACGAUAUUAAGAAGUAUUAUCUGUUAAGGGAAGAAAUUAGCAGACUGAAUAAAUGCCUGAUUAUGGCAAAGACUUUAAAAAAUUGUGAAGUAAUUUAUUUUCCUCAUAAUAUUGAUUUUCGAGGGAGGAUGUAUCCUUUGUCUCCUCACCUCCACCAUAUGAGUGAUGAUAUUUGUCGUAGCUUGAUUACAUUCCAUGAUAAGGAAGAAAUUGGCCCUAGGGGGUUGUUCUGGCUUAAGGUACACCUGGCGAACAACUUUGGGAAAGAUAAACUGAACUUUGAGCAACGGAUCAGUUGGGUCGAUGCCAAUUUGGGGAAUAUCAAACGGUUGAGUGAAAAUCCGUUUGAACAUAUGGAGUUUUGGAACUUGGCAGAGAAACCUUGGCAAGCUUUGUCCGUCGCGAUAGAUCUCACUAAAGCGAUGCAAUGUCCCGAUCCGUCCAAGUAUAGGAGUAACAUCCCUGUGCAGCAGGAUGGUACUUGCAAUGGCCUUCAACAUUACGCCGCCCUGGGCAGGGACUACGACGGGGGGAAGGCGGUGAAUAUCAUUCCAUCCGAUGAGCCGCAAGAUAUUUAUACCGUCGUGUUAGAAAUUGUGAGGAGUAAAAUCAGAGCCGACUUGGACGGAGCAGCCGUGACCCCCACAGGGGGGAGUAGCGGUACAAGCGGUGGCGUGAGUGCCGAUAGCAGUAGUGGUGUGAGUGGCGACAUCAGCGGUGGUGGCGCGCCCAAGUCGAGCUCCACCUACUCGCGAGGAGAUCUCGCCCAGUACUGCUUCCAAUUCGACCUGCUCAAAAGGAAAGUCGUCAAGCAAACCAUCAUGACCAUCUGCUACGGAGUCACCUCAGUAGGAGCCAAGGACCAAGUCAAAGGGAAAAUUCAAAACAUGAUCAGCAAAGUAGUGGAUAAAAAUGCCAUAAGUCAGUUGUCGCAGUAUAUAGCUAAUUACAUCUUCGAGUCAAUUAGCGAAAUUUUCAAAAGGGCAAUGAUAAUAAAGAAAUGGUUUAAUAACUUAUCCAAAGUGACGAACGAGCUGAACAUCCCCGUGACAUGGUUGUCUCCCAUAGGUCUGCCAUGCGAACAGCCAUACCGAUUAGGACAACGAAUUUUAGUUAACACUCCCCUCCAGUCAGUGAGUGUCAUUUCUUAUCAAAAUAGCUUACUACAUAAAAAUAAACAGAGACUUGGAUUUCCCCCAAAUUUUGUACAUUCCCUGGAUGCUUCUCACCUUAUGAUGACAGCGGAAAAAAUGAUCCUCGAAAAUAAUUUGAGUUUUGCUGCUGUGCAUGACUCCUACUGGGCUCACGCAUGCAAUGUAGAUUUAAUGAACCGAUUUAUUCGAGAUUCUUUUGUCACUCUGUACGAUGAACCCAUAUUACAAAACCUUUACCAGAACUAUCAGAUGCGCUUGGGAAAGCACGCCUCCAGGAUUCCAGCGCCCCCGGAACAGGGACUCCUCGACGUAUCCCUCGUUCGGCACAGUCGCUACUUUUUUAGUUGA